AUGUCUUAAAACAAUAAUCGUUAAUUGUAGGCAAGGCCAAAUAGAAAAACCGAACAAACUUUUGAUUUCUUCAAAAACACAAAAGUUUCAACCUGCAGUUAUAUCAAAAGAAAAGGGGAUGAUUUCAUUGCAGUUCCAUUCUAUUAUAAACCAAAUUAGAGAAAUUUAGAUUAUUUGAAGUAUAACAUAUAUUAGAUCUAAGUAAAUCGAUGUAUUCAACAUCAACCAACCAUGAUGCGUAUAACAAUAAAAGAAGAUGCUUUUCAAGUAUGAGAAACAAACCCUUAUCACCAUACGAUCCUUUGGCUCAUAGAAGCAGAUUGGCCGAUCAAAGUUUAAGGAUCUCUUUCAGCAACGUGUGCUAAGUAGAAAUAGGAGAUAGGUUAUAAAAAUAAUAAUUUUAGAAAUUAGAGAAUGACUAAGCAUUACAUUACUUAAUAUAAGAAUCACUUGGGUAAUUUUGGAUAAACCACUCCUUGUUCAAACCCUUAGAUCAUGGCUGAGAGAGCCAAAUGGAAUCAUAAACUCAAGGAUAAAUGACUUCAUAUUAAAUUUAACAAUAAUUUACUAUUAACAGC